UUUCAUUCUUCAACCCUAGAUCACUCGUCCCUCUCGCCGUCUCCUUAGAUUUUCCGUAGAGUUUUCGUUAAAUUCGCGCUCGUGCAGAUUUGGUCUCUGCGCUUGAUUUCGAAACAUGGCGAUGAUCGUUGCGAAGAAACGCCUUCGGCUUGUGAAUCUCUCCGAGACUUCCCCUUGCGGAUGCAGAUCCGUUCGCCAAAAGAUUGUUUCUAGCAAAACCAACUUGAAGAUGGUUGCGGGAUCGCUAUACCUGCCAAAGGAAGACAAGUUGAAACCCAGAGGAGAAGAUGCUCACUUCAUGUGCAUAGAGGAGAAAACCAUUGGCGUGGCAGAUGGCGUCGGCGGGUGGGCCAAGACGGGUGUGGAUGCAGGGGAAUACUCCCGGGAGCUCAUGACUAACUCAACCAUUGCAGUUCUUAACCAGCCCAAAGGAGCUGUGGAUCCAAAACAGGUUUUGAAUGAAGCUUAUUCGAACACAAAGGCUCAAGGAUCAUCAACAGCUUGCAUAAUUACACUCAAUGGCCAUACCUUGCGCGCAGUUAACAUGGGAGACAGUGGAUUCAUGGUGGUUCGAGGCGGAAGAGUGAUAUAUCAAUCCCCUAUUCAGCAAUGGAGCUUCAAUUGCCCAUAUCAAUUGGGAAGUAGCAAGAAGGACCAUCCAGACUUGGCAAUGGAGUUGGAAUUGGAAGUAGAAGCAGGGGACGUUGUUGUAGCGGGAACAGAUGGGUUGCUUGACAACAUGCACCCAAGUGAGAUUGAAGAAAUAAUAAGGCCAUGUUUGGAACAAGACUCAGAUUCAGAUCCACAACAACUGGCUGAAAGCAUUGCAAACCUUGCUUUGUAUAACUCCUUCGACAAGUACGCCGACACUCCCUACGCUCGGGCAGCUAGAAAAGCAGGGCACCGCCAUCGCAGGGGCGGCAAAGUGGACGAUAUCACCGUCAUUGUUGCCUUACUCAAUCAAAUGUUACCACAGCAAGAUUGCCAGCUGAUCAAAUGCUGACGAUUGAACGGAUGAAAAUCAAAUUGGUUAUCCAAAGUCAGGCAGAAUCAAGUGAUCAGAACUUAUGAGAAAAAGUAAAAAAACAUACUUAAUUUAGAGUGCAAUUUGGUGGCUCACUCAUUUUGGAAGCUGGCUAGGUGAAGAUCAGAGAUUUUGUUCAGCUGCGUUGUCGACUCGUUUUCGAAGAGUACUGUUGGUGUUGUUAACUUGGGAUGUCUGUAAUGAAGUGUUUCGGAGAUGAAUUUGAGUCUCUUGUAAACUCAUUUGUAACAAGGGCCGAGCCAAGUUUUUUGAGCAGUGAAAUCAAUUCUUAGAAACAUAUCUGGUGUUUUUCUUA